UUGAGCAUCGCCCUGAUCACCGGCUCGGCGGGUCUCGUUGGCAGCGAGGCGGCCCGCUUCAUGCACGAGCGCGGCUUUGACAUCGUCGGCGUGGAUAACGACAUGCGGCAGUACUUUUUCGGCGCGGACGGCUCGACCGCUUGGAACCGCGCCCAGCUCGAAAAGGAAUUGCCCAACUACCGACAUUGCGAUCUCGACAUCCGCGACGCGGAAGGCGUGAACGCGCUGUUUGCCGAAUGCGGCAAGGCCAUCGCGCUGGUAAUCCACGCGGCGGCGCAACCCUCGCACGACUGGGCAGCCCGCGAGCCGCUUACGGACUUUGCGAUCAAUGCCAAUGGCACCCUCCACCUGUUGGAGGCCACGCGCCGCUGCUGUCCGGACGCGGUUUUCAUCUUCGCCAGCACCAACAAGGUGUACGGCGACGCGCCCAACGAACUGCCCUUGGUGGAAUGCGCGACCCGCUAUGAACUCGACGCAGCGCACCCCUACCGCGAGUUCGGCAUUGACGAGAGCCUGCGCAUCGACCAGUGCCAGCAUAGCCUCUUCGGCGCAUCCAAGCUCGCCGGCGACAUCCUGACCCAAGAAUACGGCCGCUACUUCGGUCUCAAGACCGCCGUCUUUCGCGGCGGCUGUCUAACCGGCCCGGCCCAUUCGGCCGCCGAACUGCACGGCUUUUUGGGCUACCCUAGCAAACAGGUUCGCGACAACAUCCACAGCCGCGACCUCGUCUCAGCCUUCUGGCACUUCUGCCAAAAUCCCCGCGCCGGCGAAGUGUACAAUAUGGGCGGUGGGCACCGCGCCAACGUCUCCGUGCUAGAGGCCAUUGAAACCGCGCAGCACCUCGCGGGCCGAUCGCUCGACUACGCGCUCGCGGACGAGGCUCGCAGGGGCGAUCACAUCUGGUGGAUCAGCGACGUGCGCAAGUUCCAAGCGCACUAUCCCCAAUGGGAAUGCGAAUACGACAUCGAGCGGACGAUGCGGGAAUUGGUGGAGGCCGCGGCGGAGCGCACCAGCGCUUAA